AUGCAUCGUCUCCGAACUUCAGCUACCCUCUGGCAAUUGCCACGAGCUUUGUCAUACUCUAUCCCGCGCCGUAACUUGAUAGCUUCCCCGAGGAGGUUCAACAGCUCUGUAGAGCCAGACUCGUACGACAAAUUGGAAGCUGCUGCCCCAGGAGUCGACCAUCUACCGCAUAUAUCACAAGAAUCCAACAGUUCUAAGGGCGAUGUUCAAAACACCACCUCUGAUGUGGUUCGAAGAAAAACCGUCCUAAAAGUGGGAAAAAAAGCGUCGAUCUGGGCUGGAAAAGAGGAACUAUACUUGCAUAUAGACAAGAACACCACAACCAAACUGCCAUAUACUUACCUGCGCGAUUCAUGCCAGUGUGCAGUGUGCAAGGAUCGACACUCGAAGCAGCGCUCGUUCCGCACAAGUGACAUUCCCAAGGACAUCGCUCCAAGCUGGAUUAACUGGGAUGGAAAAAGGCUUGCAAUCAGGUGGGCCAACGACAUUGGGGGCUCUGAGACUGCGCAUGAAUCAACCUGGGACCGUGACUUUCUAAAGAAGCCCAUUUUCAACACUCAUCGUCAGCAUUCGAGUGCGAACUGCAAUCCGAUCAUGUGGGGACGGGCUCAAAUGGAGAGAAGUCAACAUUGGGUGUCUUACCCUGACUAUAUCGCCGAUAAUUCCAAAUUUGCUACGGCGAUGAAGCAGUUGCAGCGUCUGGGCCUUAUUUUUGUGAAGGAUGUCCCAGACUCACGAUCGAUGGUUGAAGCUAUUGCAACACGCAUGGGACCACUACGAAACACCUUCUACGGAUCAACAUUCGACGUGCGCACCGUUCCAGAGGCUAUAAACGUCGCAUAUACAAACCAGUUCCUUGGAUUUCACAUGGAUUUGAUGUAUAUGAACGAGCCGCCGGGGUACCAGCUGCUUCACUGUCUGGAGAACUCAUGUUCGGGAGGCGAGUCACUGUUCGCAGACACAUUUUCGGCUGCGAAACUCAUGAAGGAGCGAUACCCAGAAGAGUAUAAAGUGCUCCGUGACCGGCGGCUGGGAUACGAAUAUAGGCACAAGGAGCACAUAUACUACAACGAAAGACCCGUCUUUGAGCAUGAUUCCGAAACAGACGAGCUGCGCCAUGUCAAUUACUCGCCCCCCUUUCAGUCUCCACUCCCACCACGCGGUGGUAAUGGGCAUGAUGCUGAGCCCGUGAACAAGCUACGAGACGCCCUUGCUAAGUUCACUUCAAUUAUUGAUAACCAGAAGCACAUCUUUGAGCUCAAGCUCAACCCGGGUGAUUGCGUCAUCUUUGAUAACAGACGCAUCGUUCAUGCCCGCCGCCAAUUCAAUGCCAGCGUAGGUUCUCGUUGGUUAGCAGGUGCGUAUGUCGACACGGAUGCUCUGCUAUCCCGCUUUGCUGUCUGUAAGCAUCAGCAUCCAUAUGUUUGGACCAAAAAGGCCCGGAAAGCGUUGGCGGCGAACAACAGAGACAACAGCUAG